AUGGGUGAAAGGAAAGGUACAAAUAAAUAUUAUCCCCCGGACUUCGACCCCUCUAAGCACAGAAGUCUUAAUGCCUAUCACGGAGUCCAUGCUCUUCGAGAGCGCGGCCGAAAGGCCGACAAAGGUAUCAUAAUAAUUCGUUUUGAAAUGCCCUACAAUGCCUGGUGUUUGUCCUGCAAGCAACCGAUUGGCAUGGGUGUCAGGUACAAUGCUGAAAAGACAAAAGUCGGCAUGUAUCACUCAACACCAAUUUUUGAGUUCUCGAUGAAUUGCGCGAUGUGUGCCGGCAAGAUCGUUAUGAGAACAGAUCCUCAAAACUUCGAUUACAUUUGCGUGGAGGGAAUACGACGCAAAAUACAGACAUGGGAUCCUGAAGAAAACGAACAAAUUUUGGUGCCAGACUUCAAAGAGAGGCAGAAACUGUCCCUCGACGCAAUGUACCAGGUUGAAUAUAGUGUCAAGGAUAAGGAGAAAGCGGCCUUGACACAUCCAGCUAUCGCCGAAAUUGAAGCGAAUCGGGAAGGAUAUAAGGACGACUUUGAACUAAACUAUAUCGCAAGGAAGCAGUUUCGAGAGAAUAAGAAACUUCGGAAAGCCGUAGAUAAGAAAGAUGAAGCGUUGAAGAGUCGAUUAUCACUCUCCGGGACUCAGGUAAACUUACUGCCAGAAAAAGAAGAGGAUGAGAAAAAGGCAAAGCUUAUGUGCCUCCUCCACACAAAACAUGUGGGUAAAUCGAUCGAAAACAAACUCAAACCACUGAUCGAAACGGAUAAACCCUCGACUUCUAAACGGAAAGCCGAAGGUAGCCAUGCAUUUGAGGUCACUAAGGAACGUGUAACUUCCCACUGGUUGCAAAAGCGGGCUAAUGCUUUUGAUUCAAGUGAGAUUGUGUCUACAACCACUCCUUCAGCUCAUGAGUCCCUUUCCAAAGCACUUAAAGAAGGAAAAGUACGAAAAACACGAAAAGAACAAACUAAUCCACCAGUGCUUGAAAAUGCAAACAUUGAAAACAGUCUUUCUAGUCUUGUAUCCUAUGAAGAUAGCGACUGA